AUGAGCUUAUCGACCGGUGAAACCUUGGUCGGCUGGGUUUGGGACAGCUCUGGCCGAGGCACAAUAAGCUUGAUCACAACUUGCCUCGCAACCAUUUUUCUCUGUACAUGGGUGAUCAUACACCCCCGAGUCUAUAAGCGCGAGUCUUCUGCUACAUUUCACAAAGUUGCCCUUUUUUUCAAGGCUGUUUUCGCACCCGAGUUCAUCGCCGUCGAAGGUCUCCAAGAAUGGGCUCAGUGUCGUCGGAUGAAAAGAGAAUGCUCGGACUUGACUCGCGGAGAGUUCACACUCAUCCACGCUUUCUACAUCAGCAUGCUCGCUCUAAGAUACCGAACACCCAAUGGCGACCGUGUUAUUUGGCCCAAUCAAUACACCUGGCUACUCGAACAACGUCUCGUCCGCUGGGACGACCAUGCCCAUUGGGGUCUUUCGCUCGACGACAUAUGCGACAAGAGCAAAUCAGAUAGUGCUGCAAAGCUCCUGGCUUUGAUUCAAGUAUUCUGGUUCUCGACACAGUGCAUAUUGCGCAUCAUUUAUCAUCUUCCGCUCUCCCAGUUGGAGUCAAUGACCCUGGGCUACAUUCCCUUGUUUAUUGUCACUUACUUCUUCUGGUGGAGCAAGCCGAAAGAUAUUCGAUCCCCUUCACUGGUCGAACUACCAUGUAUGAGCCUGGAGCAGGUGCAGACGUUUGAGUUCAUGGCGGUCAGCAACAAGUUUGAUAACGAGGGCUUGGAAGAGCAGGUGUCGCGCUGGAAUGUAUGGUACCUCACACCUCGUGUCUUUGAGAAAGAAGAGGAAGACAGGAUCAGGCAAGAAGCUCAUGCAACUAUUAUUCCAACAAUUGCAAAGAGCCCAACACAGCCCCGGAAUACGCAUCCAGACAGUUCAUACCCGAUGAUCAUCCACGAACGAGAGGUUCAAGAUGUUGAAGAGCAGACGAAGACAUAA